AUGUAAACAGAAUAAUUUUUUUUUGAUUCUUCAAAUACGAAUGAUAAGAAUUAAUGGGUUAAACUUGACUCUAUUAAAAGACCCAUUUCUACUAUUAGAUUAUUUGAAGGGACUUUAUUUAUGAAGAGUAAAAAAUAGGAUGCUUUCAAGCCUAAAUUUUUUAAGUUAUUUUCUGAUAGGCUGAACAUUUAUAAAGUAUGAUGAUAUAAUUGAGAUUAAUUAUUAGAAUGGUAGAGAAUAAAAGGAAAUAGCUGCCUUAUUCUUGACAAAUGUAUAUUUAGACUUAAAAUUAUUGAUUGAAUAUGAGAAAGAUAAAUUUCCUAUAAUUUUAUUAAACGGAAAUCGAAAAUUAGUGUUGAAUGCUCGCUCUUAAGAAAGUCAAACAAAAUGGAUUGAAUAAUUCAAAAAGACAUGCAUUCUGAAUAAUUAUAGAGGUGUUUACACAAAUAUUAAAGUAUUAGGCAAAGGAACAUUUGCUAAGGUAAUAAAAUUCAUAAAUAAGGUUUUAUUAGCUGAAAAAAUAGUAAAUAAAUCCAAAUUUGCUGUGAAGACUUUUCAAAAAAUAGCAUUGAUGGAUAAAAAUAAUACUCAACGGGUAUUUUCUAAUUAUAAUAAUCUUUUAGUAAGGAUUAUUAAAUGAAAUUAAUUUAUUGAGAUCAUGUGAUCAUCCAAAUAUAAUAAAACUUUAUGAAAUUUAUGAAAGUGGAGAUUAUAUUUAUUUAGUUAUGGAAUUGUUAGAGGGAGGUGAAUUAUUUGAUUUGAUACUUGAGACUCCUUAAUUUUUAGAAUCUAAAAUAGCAUUAAUCAUGUUCAAAAUAUUUGAUGCAUUGGAGUAUCUUCAUACGAAGGUAUUAUUACUUCUAUCCAAUAAAGAAUAUUAUGCAUAGAGAUAUUAAACCAGAGAAUAUAUUAUUAAAUGAUAAAUCAGAUAAUUUUGAUCUAAAAAUAGCUGACUUUGGUUUAGCAUCUUAUACUGAAAGUGAAUUACUUAUCAAAAGAUGUGGUACACCAGGAUAUGUAGCACCAGAAAUUUUAUAAGAUUAAAAAUAUAAUGAAAAAGUAGAUGUUUUCAGUGCUGGAAUUAUAUUUUAUAUAUUGUAAAUAAUUUAAAAAAUAAUAGACUAACUGGAUAAGCUCCAUUUUAUGGUAAUAGUUUAGAUGAUGUGAUAGAAAAGAAUAGAGCUUGUUAAAUAAAUUUUAAAGAUUUAAAAGUAUCUAAAGAUGCUUUAGAUUUAUUAUAUAAAACAUUAGAAUCAAAUCCUAAGAAUAGAAUUUCAUCUUUAGAAGCUUUAUCUCAUCCUUUUAUAUCUAGUUUAUAUAAAAGAUAAAUUAAUAGUAUGGAAGAUAUUCCAUUAGAUGAUUUACCAAAUGAUAAUUAUAGUGCUUUUGAAAACAUGAAGAAAUUUUGUCAAAAUAAUAUGAGAUUUAAAAUGUCUAAAUUAAAAAAAAAUGAAUUGGUUUAAUAGACUCCUUUUAUGGGAACAAGAGAAUAUGAUCCAAUAAAAGCAUCUUGUGAUAGCUGGUUAAAUGAAAAGGAAUCUAAAUAAAUUAUAAGAUCUCCCUAAUUUUAAUAAGAAUAAUCAUCAGACUCUGAAUUUUCAAUUUUAAGUACUCCUGAAUCAAGAAAAGAUACAUAAAAAUUUAUUUAACUUAAUCCAUUACAAUAAAUAGCUUAUAAAUAAUCACCUAAUUAAUCUAUAUAUUCACCUAAUAAUUAAUAAAAGGAAUAAAUUUAAAUGAAUUUCAAAAAAGCUAGUCAAGUUAGAGAUUAAUUAAAAAAAUUAGGUUAUUGA